UACCUUAGUUAUAUCUUUAAUUAAUAAUUAUAGGAGACUAUGCUUAGCAAAUUAAUACGAAUUAUUUUUGUUUUGUCAACGAAGAUAUGAUAAACUAACUAGAAACUAUAUAGAAUGAGUAAUUAUUGAUUUAUUUAGAAAGCUGGCUUACAAAUAUCAUGUCAUGUGAAUAUAAUUUGAUCCCAUGUCGACCUGUAACUGACUCAUAUUGAUUGGCCAAGCUGUGGAACUCUAGUUUAUUGCAUUUUAAAAAAUUUUAUUUUAAGGGUUUGUUACAUAUUUUUAGCUUGUUUUGACAUUGUGGGUUUCUCCUAUUUAACGAUCACUUCAGGUACAAAGGCAUAGAAAUAAUUACUAAGUGGUAAUGACAAUGACUUACGCGUGGUUAUGGACGCUUCUCGCCUUCGUUCUGACAUGGAUGGUUUUACACCUCAUCAAGAUGAAGAAGGCGGCAACCGAAGAUGUAGAGGCAGAGGCAGAAGAGAGAUCAGAUGGUGCCACUGAUGUCAUCAUUGUUGGAGCGGGUGUUGCAGGCGCUUCUCUUGCUUAUGCUCUUGCUAAGGAUGGACGACGAGUACAUGUGAUAGAGAGGGACUUGAAAGAGCCACAAAGAUUCAUGGGAGAGCUUAUGCAAGCGGGAGGCCGCUUCAUGUUAGCCCAGCUUGGCCUCGAAGAUUGUUUGGAGGAGAUAGACGCUCAAGAAGCCAAGUCCUUGGCAAUUUACAAGGACGGAAAACACGCGACAUUGCCUUUUCCAGAUGACAAGAAGUUUCCUCAUGAACCAGUCGGUAGACUUUUACGUAAUGGCCGUCUGGUACAACGUUUACGCCAAAAAGCAGCUUCUCUUAGCAAUGUACAAUUAGAAGAAGGAAUGGCGAAGUCUUUAAUUGAAGAAAAUGGAGUGGUUAAAGGAGUGACAUACAAGAACAGCGCAGGCGAGGAAACAACGGCCUUUGCACCUCUCACUGUCGUAUGCGAUGGUUGUUAUUCAAACCUUCGCCGGUCACUCGUGGAUAAUUCUGAGGAAGUGCUCUCGUACAUGGUGGGUUAUGUCACGAAGAAUAGCCGACUUGAAGAUCCACAUAGUCUACAUCUUAUAUUUUCUAAACCUUUGGUCUGUGUUAUAUAUCAAAUAACCAGUGAUGAAGUUCGUUGUGUAGCCGAAGUUCCCGCUGAUAGUAUUCCUUCUAUUGCGAAUGGCGAAAUGUCUACCUUCCUCAAGAAAUCAAUGGCUCCUCAGAUACCUGCAACUGGAAAUCUUCGUGAGAUAUUUUUGAAAGGCAUAGAGGAAGGAUUACCAGAGAUAAAAUCAACAGCGACAAAAAGUAUGUCAGCAAGAUUGUGUGAUAAGAGAGGAGUGAUUGUGUUGGGAGAUGCAUUCAAUAUGCGUCAUCCUAUAAUCGCGUCAGGGAUGAUGGUUGCUCUCUCGGACAUUUGCAUUCUACGCAAUCUACUCAGACCAUUACCUAACCUCGGCAAUACUAAGAAGGUCUCUGAUAUUGUCAAGUCCUUUUACAUCAUCCGCAAGCCAAUGUCAGCGACCGUAAACACGCUGGCUAGUAUCUUUUCGCAAGUGCUUGUUGCUACAACGGACGAAGCAAGAGAGGGAAUGCGACAAGGCUGCUUCAAUUACCUAGCUCGUGGAGAUUUUAAAACAGCCGGAUUGAUGACUAUUCUCGGAGGCAUGAACCCUCACCCCCUUACUCUAGUCCUUCAUCUUGUAGCCAUCACCCUUACGUCCAUGGGCCACUUGCUUUCUCCCUUUCCUUCGCCUGUUCGCUUUUGGCAUAGCCUCAGACUUUUUGCCUGGGCUUUGCAAAUGUUGGGUGCACAUUUAGUAACAAACGCAGCUCGUUUUAGAAGAACCUAUAUCGCCAAAUAGUAAACCUUUUACAAUCAAAUAAAUAAUUGUGUGUAUAUGAAGUUGAGCCUUUGGUUAAGCUCUACUGAAUUAUCUUGUAACCAAACAUGGAUAUGUUACAUGCUGAUUUGUUAUAUUCUAUAUAUUGAUUCUUGAUUUUCUGCUUAUAAAUUUCCCUCGUGUUUACUCAAGGUUCUCUGCUGAUUUUUAGGGUCUCCAUAAUUUUACAUUUCUCUCACUACAGGACUUUUUUGGUUAAACCAGUUUCAAAGAGAGAA